AUGAGUAUCUUUGGGCAAACUCAGGGUGCGUCGCAACCGACUUUUGGUACUGCUGCACCAACGUUUGGCGUACCGGCCCAAAACUCCUUUCGUGGUCCCGUCCAAAACGCUGCUCCGCAGUUUGGCGCGAAUCAGCAGACUUCUCAAUCCAUCUUCGGCGGAGCGCAAAGCUCUCAAUCCCUCUUCGGCGCCACGACACAGAGUUCUCAAUCGCUUUUUGGAGCACCGACGCAGGCGCCUUCAUUAUUUGGCGCCUCGCAACAGAGUUCAGCAUCUCUUUUUAGAGGCCAAGCUCAAUCUGCCUCUUUGUUCGGAGCACCGCAACAAAGCUCGGCUUCUUUGUUUGGAGCGCCUGCCACUCAGCCCUCUUUAUUCGGUGCUCAGGCACAGUCCACGACAGCGUCAUUUGGCGCACCUGGAUCCUCUUCUUCUCUCUUUGGUGCGCCAGCACAGGGGGCCUCAUUGUUCGGUGCACAGUCACAGAAUCCUCCAUCUCUCUUCGGUGCCGCCCCUCAACAACAGCAGCCCCAACAGUCACAGUCUCAGACCUCCGAAAUCAACCUGCGCACUCGUGUAUGGCAGCUUCCACAGAACUUCCAGACCGAUCUGUUUGCAGUUGAGAGACACUUGCGAGAGCAGCGGAUAAAAGGGACUCAAUUACUAUCGACAGGCAGCAAUUUUGACUCGGAUAUCGCACAAACGAAAACGCGCUCCACAAAUAUUACACGUCGUCUCGCUAAGCUUCGCGCUGUGUUGGAGGCAUUGAGGGCUAAUUCGGAAACUCUAAAGGCCGCUGUGCGGAUUGAAAGGGGUUCGACAGAGCCGGUCGUACUUGCCCUAGAAAACCUCUCCAAGAACAGCUUCAGGUCUGAAGCUGUGUUGUUCGAUGAUGCAUUUUCAUUUAACUAUCAUGGCUCCUCUGUCCAAAUGCGAGAUCGAGUAACUCACGUUCCAGAGGACUAUUUCUCGCGAACUCUAGAUGAAUUGGAAUCAAGGGCACAUGAAUACAAGAGAGAGAUCGACGAAAUUGCAGAGUUUUUAAGAGCAAAGGGAUUAGUCUUGAGUCGCAGCGGCGGAAAAUCUGCAAUUGCCCCUUCGUCGCAUAGUGCGACGGGGACUGCGAAUGGAAGCCUAUUGGACAGCAUUUCACAAAGGCAAUUCGGUAUCGGGCUCGGUGCGAAUGACAUGUCAAUGGAAUCUAGGGGAAAGACGAUUGAGGACAUCAUUCGGAGGCAGUACGAGUAUUUUAUGGUCGUGGCAAGUCACAUAGGAGGUGUCCACGAGAAUUUGUGGGCCCUUCGAGAGCAGUUCCUCCAGCUUCUUCGUGUAAGGGAUCCCGACGCGCUGAAUCCGUUCGAAUUAGCAGAUCGGCGUGAGAAAGCUGAAGAGCAGCGAAGGCAGAGUGCGGAGAACAAGGCUGCUGAGAACGGGUUUGGAUUCUCGAUGAACGAGUCUGCAAACCCCGCAGCGGCUGCUGCGGGACAAUCAGCUCCCUUGAAUAUUCAAGGAGGAAGUACUGGUGCAGCGGGCGGUAUUUUUGGAGCAGUGGGUAACACAGGCAGCUCCGACAAGGGGGCAAGUCUUUUCGGGGGCGGCAGUUCCACUGGGGCUGGACUAUUUGGCCAAACUAGCGGCUCUGGGGCAAACCAAGACUCCUCCUUGAACCCCGGACCCAAUCCAGCGAGCAACGCGGCUAAAAGGUUAGCAACCGGGCGCAGAAAACGAUAG